AAACCCACCGCUCCUUGUUUUUCAUUUCCCGUAAAUCAUUUUCCUUCAUAAUUAAAUAAAAAUCGCACUCUCUCUCUCACUUUCUUUGUAUUCCCGUUUGUCUAUCCAAACCUAAAUCAGAAGCACUCUCAAAUCUCCGAUCCCAAAUCAUCUCGGUUUAUGAGCUCAAAGGAGAGACCCACUCUUGGUGGCACGCGGAUUAAGACCCGCAAACGGAACAUUGCAGCCCCUCUGGACCCUGCAGCAUUUGCGGAUGCAGUGGUCCAGAUUUACUUGGAUAAUGCUGGUGAUUUGGAACUUAUUGCCAAGAGCAUUGAAUCUUCAGACCUUAACUUCUCAAGAUACGGUGACACCUUUUUUGAGGUUGUAUUCACAGGAGGCCGUACACAACCUGGCACAACAAAACCUGAUGAGGGGGAGCGUCAUACUUACUCUAUUUUAGAUGCUGAGCCUAAGCGUGAAAUUACUUUGCCAUAUGUGAUCUACAUACAGAAAAUUCUGCGCCGAAGGCCAUUUCUCAUUAAGAAUCUUGAAAAUGUCAUGCGAAAGUUCUUGCAGUCACUGGAACUUUUUGAGGAUGAUGAAAGGAAGAAAUUGGCAAUUUUUACAGCUCUCGCAUUCUCGCAGAAACUCUCUGGGCUCCCACCAGAGACGGUGUUCCAACCCCUGCUUAAGGAUAACCUUGUGGCUAAAGGGCUAGUGCUUACAUUCAUAACUGACUUCUUUAAGGAGUAUCUGGUUGAUAAUAGCCUCGAUGAUCUGAUUUCAAUUCUCAAACGGGGUAAAGUGGAGGAAAAUCUUCUGGAAUUCUUUCCAUCUGCAAAGCGUUCAGCUGAAGGUUUCUCUGAGCAUUUCACCAAGGAAGGAAUAUUACCUUUGGUUGAAUACAAUGAUAAGAAAAUAUUUGAGGUGAAGCUGAAGGAAAUGAAAUCUGCAUUAACAACCCAAAUAGCAGAAGAAGCUGAUAUAUCUGAAGUUAUAGAGAGUGUGAAACAGCGGGUGAAAGAUGCUAAACUUCCAGACCUUGAGGCUGUGCGUGUCGUAUGGGAUGUUCUGAUGGAUGCUGUUCAGUGGUCUGGGAAGAAUCAGCAACAGAAUGCCAAUUCAGCGUUACGCCAGGUGAAAACAUGGGCUGAGUUGUUGAAUACCUUCUGCACCAAUGGAAAACUUGAGCUGGAGCUUGUCUACAAGGUUCAGAUGCAAUGUUAUGAGGAUGCUAAGCUGAUGAAGCUUUUUCCUGAGAUAGUGAGGUCUCUCUAUGAUCAGGAUGUGCUCGCAGAGGAUACCAUUCUUCACUGGUUCCGCAAAGGAACAAACCCAAAGGGCAGGCAAACUUUUGUGAAGGCCUUGGAGCCGUUUGUGAAUUGGCUGGAAGAGGCAGAGGAAGAGGAAUAAGUGCAACUAUGAUAUUUCCACCAUGUUUCCUGUUCUGUUUGCAAUGUUCUUCGUUACUGAGAUAUUAGUAUUAGCAACUCGUAAAAAAGUUGCAGCUCUUAUAUAACGGACGGUGUGUCCGUCAAAAAUCCGUGUAUGCUUUAAUUACUUAGAAUAAUUGAAUGUCACUUUAUAAUCACAAUUUAUGUUUUUGAUUGUUCUGUUA